AUGGAGCCUUCUAUUUCGAACAAGUACAAACUCGGUCCAAAGAUUGGAAGCGGCUCUUUUGGGGUGAUAUUCCAUGGUACUGAUGUCCUUACAGGUGAAGAGGUUGCCAUAAAGCAUGAACAUGUCGAGACUAAACACCCCCAACUUAUGCAUGAGUCAAGAGUGUACAAAAUACUACAGGGUGGAACUGGAAUUCCAAAUGUUAAAUGGUCCGGUAUUUGUGGUAAUAAACUGUCUUUAAAAUCUGUUCUCAUGCUUGCAGAUCAGAUGAUUGACAGAAUUGAAUUUGUUCACUCGAAAUCUUAUCUACAUCGAGAUAUCAAGCCGGACAAUUUCAUUAUGGGAAGGAGAAGUAAAGAUAAUGAGGUCUUCAUCGUGGAUUUUGGUCUGGCUACCAAGUAUAGACAUCCUUCAUCAUAUAAUCACAUUCCUUAUAGAGAAAAUAGGAAUUUUGUUGGAACCGAAAGAUUUGCCAGUAAAAAUACUCACCAUGGCAUUCAACAAAGCAGAAGGGAUGAUUUAGAAUCUCUUGGAUAUGUUCUCAUUUAUUUCUUAAAGGGAAGUCUUCCUUGGCAAAUUAAAGCUGCAACUCAAAAAAAGAAGUCAGAAAAGGUUAGAGAAAUAAAGGAUUCCACUUCUUUUGAGGACUUAUGCCAUGGUUGCCCAAUAGAAUUUGCUUGUUACUUUCACUACUGUUGCUCACUGCACUUUGAUACUAAGCCAGAUUAUGGUUAUCUUAAAAGAAUGUUCAGAAGCCUUUUUUCUCGUGAAGGAUUAAAAAUGGAUUAUGUGUUUGACUGGACCAUUUUGAAGUACCAACAGUCAGUGCUUGCUGCUCCCCCUGCUCGAGCUCUUGGCCAUGUUGCAGGAACAAGCACUCAGGAAACCCAUGUUGCUGCCAAUUAUAACAGACAGUCAGGUGGAGAAGAAAGAAGUGCUGGAAGAUUUCCGGAACAGAAGAGUGUUGCAAAGGUUUCAGCAGUUUCUAAAGAUGCUAAGCUAUCUAGCUCUAAACCUAUGCGGCAACCAAGGGAUUUGCCAAUCCAAGCUUCUGCCAGUAACAGGUGCAAAGAUACACUGGUGCUAGAUAAAUCGAGUCCCUCCCCUGAAACCAUUGAUGCAAACCCCAAAGCAGUCCAGGAGAUACAGACAGAGCUGAAAAACUCUUCCAUUGUGUCCUCGAAGGCAAGGGCACAUCUUCUAGUAGGAAUUGUUAAAAUGUACGAGUCUUUUAUCAAGUCCUUCAAGUCCAUGAGCCUAAGCAAUGGUGAAAAUUUUCAGCACUAGCUAAUCAAGAAGCUGUUUGACAAACCCCAUUUUCCUCUCAUGUAAAUCAUAAUUUAUGAUGCCAUUACAUCUAAAGCUACAAAAAAUGAUCUGAAAAUCAAGUCAUUGGUUACACAGUUUGAUGGAGAAGGCCUUAUUGGAGCUGGGUGCAUUUAAAUUUUAAGAAUGUAAGGCCUUUUUUCUCCA